GUUCACCCAUAUUCCAUUGGCCUCCGCCCUGCGCACGAUUCGCUCACGACCUCCCGGAACGAAUUAAUAACGACUUCCUUAUUUACGGCUUCACGAAGACAACGACUAUCCAUCCGUUUCGAUUCAUUCUAAACCCAAACCCACCCACCGAAAAACCAACUUUUCUUUUCGAAACAAAAUGUCUUUCUACGCUGGAUCUGCUGGAAGCGUCGGUAGCGUCGUGAUGCAGCCCGCUCCUCAGCCCCAGCCUCAGGCCUAUAUGGCAGCGCCAGCUCCGGCUAUGCAGCAGCCGAUGAUGCAGCAACAGCCCAUGAUGCAGAUGAUGCCAGCGCCCUCCAUGGCGCCCACCAUGCAGAUGGCGCCGGCCGCUCCCCGACCUCCCCAGCCUCCUAUGCAACCCGCUCCUGUGAUGCAGAUGAUGCAGCCCACCCAAAUGGCGCCGUCGGCGAUGUCGUAUGCCCCAGUUGCAGCGCCUCAACCAAUGCAGAUGGCGCCCACUGCUGUUGUUCGCCCACCAGCACCGCCCCCCGCGCCUGCACCUGCCCCGGUGUACUACCAGGUUGCACAGCCAGUCGUUUAUGCUGCUGCUGCUGCACCGCGACCUGCGGUGUACAGUUACCCGGCGUAUACGCAGCCGACGGUUAUCAUCUCAUCGAGUUCGGCUCCCGUUCAAGCUCCCGCUCAAGCAGGGGCUUCUUGGGUUACCUAUAGGUUCUGAAGGAGAUGUUUUGGAAGGUCUCCGGUUGGAAGGAUCAGUCACGACGUGAAAAGAGGGGAGAAAAUCCGAUUAUUGUUUCUUGGAUAUCACACUCGAUCGUGCACAAAACUUGUAGUAGGCAAUGGAAUGUCGUCGAUCGACUAUACAUAC